UUCGAAUCCUGCUGUCGACGUUUAAUUUUUUUGAACAUUUUUCAUUUCUUAUUUUAUCUUCUAGAAAAUCAGAAACAUGGAAGCAAAUACAUCGGCCUCCGCCUCUGGGGUGGAUUUUGCAGCGGCGUUUCACUCAUGGCGGCCUCUCUUUCCUUAAAUCUCAACUUCAUUUUGCGGCUACCGUCAACAACCGCCCGCCAACCGAUCUCCGCCGCCUCCAGACGCUACAUUCCGGUGCGAUGUGGGAACGGGCCACGGAGCAACCGGGGACCGCUGUACAAAGGCCGAAUUCUCAGCACUGAGGCGAUUCAAGCCAUCCAUGCUUUAAAGCGUGCCCAGAAAAGAAACCCUUCCUCCAUCGACUCCUCCAUCGUUUCUUCUACACUUUCCCGCCUCCUUAAGCCAGACCUUCUCGCCGCUUUCAAAGAGCUUAUCCGCCAAGACAACUGCGAUUUGGCUCUCAAACUCUUCUCCGCCCUUCGACUGGAAUACGACGCGCCGGAAUUGAACCUGUACGCCGAAAUAGCUGCCGCUUGUGCUAGGAAGGGCUUGACGGAAGACAUCGACCGCUUGAUUUGCGAUUUGGAGAAUGAGGGUGCGAUUCACCUUGACGCCUCCAAUACCAAGGGGUUGGUCAAGUUGGUCAAGGCCUUGAUUGAUGCUGGGAGGGCGGAGGGGACGGUUAAAGUUUAUCAGCUCCUUAAGAGGAGUGGUGCUGAACUUGAUGAUUAUCUGGCUGCAGUUUUGAGAAAGGGAUUGAGGAGUUUCGGGAAGGAGGAGGAAGCGGCUGAGCUUGAUUUGGCAUUAGACAGAUCUUCCAGGGGCAUUGUAGCCGUGUAGAUGAAAAUCCGAAAAUAGUCCAACUGUGUAAAAGUUUUUGAAAAAGAAUGAACAAUUAUAUCAACUGUGUAUUAUUCCAACUUGGAUGAAUGUUCUGUGGUUCUCAGGCAGAUGCAGACAGUCUUGACUUUGCAAUGUCAACCGUGCUACUACAUCUUGAUAUGGUACUUUUCUAUAAUGAAGGUACUCUCAUGACACCCUUGGCUAAUGGAUUCUAUGAAGCAUUAGUACAUCGAUCGAAGGAACUUUAAAAAACUUGAACAUCAAAUUGUUUUCUUUCGUUACAUCAUUUGUAUCAGCCAGGAGUGUGGUUUCAUCGGGGCAGAACCUCAUUUUGUACAUGUUUGAUACGGUAAGAAUUCUGACAUAGUUUUCUGCUUGAUGCUGUUAUGGACAUUCAAACUUGGUAUUUUUAAUCACGUGUGCUGUGAGGUGUGAGUGUGUGACUAUGUGAAACAUCUGGUACAGGAUGUAACCCCCCCCCCCCCCUCCCCAAUUGCUGUAAAAGUGCUGCUUUGGGCCAUGAAAGAUUACUUAGGAAACAGUCAC